CGUGAGGGGUUUUGUGUACGCGAGCGGGCGCGCGCGCGCGACCAAGCGAGCGGCGGAUACUUUCGAUUUCGUCGAGUGGGCCGGCUCUCUCGCGGGGCGCCGCACUCCAGGAGGCGAGCAUGCCAGUAGUCGUCGCGCGAUAGAGCGACGACGUGUAUUUAUCGCGCUCGUGACGUCGAUCGGCGCCGUCCCGUGUUGUAAGUCGCUGUCACAGUGCCGUGCGCGUGACGUAUAUGUGCGAGUGGCUCGUUAUCGGCGCACAGGUGUCUACCGAGUUACGUCAAUCGGAGUGGAGCGAUCGUGACAGGUGGAGGAUAUUUUCGCGAUAGAAAAACGGUGAGACGCGAUAGAGAGCCUUUUCGGUUUGGAGGGAAUGGAGAUACAUCGAUUUUCGCGUGAAAUUAACAGGAUCCUUUCAUAGCGAUCGGAUUGAGAGACACCGAAAGUGACGGAAAGCAUGUAGAUAUCACCCGGAGAACGUAAUCUUGACUCCCGUCACCGCCUACCUCUUUCCCCGUCGAAUCUCGUGUGCGCGCGCGCGCGUGCUUUGACCGUAUGCUCGGCGUGUCAUCGAUUUUUCGGCGAAUUGUGUACGACCCGUGUCGCCGGUAGGAAUCGCGAACAGGAUUAUGAAGAGGAUCAACAUUCCCGCGAUCAGUAAGAGCGCGUAAAAAGAGCUACGUACGUGCGUACGUACGCACGUACGCAAGCACGUCGCCGUCUCGUGCCGCGAAAGGAGAGAAAGCAAUAGAGAAAAAAAAAGAGAGAGAGAGAGAGAGAGAGAGAAAGACGAGAACGCGAGCUAUCGACAACGCGCGUCCAACAUGGCCACCGCCGGCAGCAACGCGAACACCGGCAACGAGGCAGGGAACGGUAGCAGCAACGUGCCGCAAUGGAAGCGCGACCUGAUACAACGUCGUCGUCAACAGAGCAAGGUCCUCGCCAACAACGGCGCGAGCGUCAAACUAUGUAGCGCGGUGAUAGGCACGUCGGCGAACGCGGACGGCGUCGUCGAGCAGAACGCGCCAAUGGUCCAGGAAUAUUGCUCGAUCGCCGGCACGCUCCGGAUGGCGCAACGCUUAACAACAACAACGAACAACGGCGAGGAUACCGCGGCAACCGUCACGGUUUGCGGUGCCGGUAGCAGUGGUGGUGGUGGUGGUGGUAGUGGUGAUAAUUCCAGUAACGCGCUGCUGUCCCCCCCCUCCUCGUAUUCCGCGAGAAGGCCGCCGACUAGUGGCGCCACCAUCGUCGCCGGCGGUGCAACGGCAACGGUUGCCGACUUCGCGCCGUCAGUCGCGUACAACAUGCGUCUCGAAGCGGAUCUGUCGCUCUGCUCGGACGCGGAGGAUGUUGUGAACAGCGCGGCGAACAAGUUCGUGGACGAGCGGAAAUUUUCGGAUUACGCCGGUGACGAGAACGAGGAGACGGCGUCGAAAACCCCGGACGGUAAGCUGGUGAGAGCGAUCGUGAGGAUGAGUAACGAGAGUAACGCGUCGACGCAGCGCGGUGAAGUUUGCGCCAUUGUGACCGGGCGCGGGAAGGACAUUCUUGGUGGAAACAUCAGGACGCUGAAAGAAUUGCCACCGACGAGCGAUAGCCGCCACGUGUCCGGCGAGGACGCGGAGAGCGAUAGUUCCGAGGAGCUGCAAUACGGACCGGGAAUCGUGAAUAAGCUCAAGAGCAAGUAUCUUAACCUAACCUUGCGCGAGACGAACAAGACCCGCGCGUCGGUGCAGCGAUUCCGGCGAGCGGCCAGUCUCGAGGAUCUGCUGGACCGCGAUGAUGACGAGGCGUCCAGUCACGAGAAGCAAUCCGCUAUCGGUAGGAAGUAUACGAAGCGGAACAGCGGUUCGUCGAGUGGCGGCGGUGUCGUCGCACCGAAGACCGACAGGUACCGAAACGCCACCCGGGGCAAUGACUCGAUGAAGCGAGCGCGUAGCGUCGAGACCUUGAUGAGGUACAAUAGCGUGACGACGGACGAGCCGAUUAUGCGCCAGCUUGUUCCGGUUACGAACGGCAUGCGCCAGGAGCCGGUCAAUGACCACAUUAUUCUCGUGGAUCGCACGUCCGUGAAGAUCGAGAAUCGUUUGGGCGAGCUCGAACGACCUAAACCGAUCAACAAGCCCAAGAGGAUCAAGCCGGUGCUGGCGGAAACGGAACGACCGCCGCCGGAUCUAGUCAAGACCACGAUGAGGAUCUUCGAAGGUUCCGCGAAAAAGGUAAAGCCCAAGGGCGAGGUCGCCGCGAAGGUCGCCACUUUUAAGACCAUCAAUGAUACGUUCAAGGCGCAGAAGAAGCUGAUGCCGAAACCGCCGAUACAGCCCAAGCCCUUCGUCAACGGUGGCGCUCGCGCUGGUUCAGGGGGUCUCGGGUCUCCGAAGAAAAUUGUAUUGCCGCACAAGCCGACAGCGAAGCUGAUCGAGACGCAGGAUGGCAAGGAGGAAUGUCAUAUAGAUGGCGUGAUCACGGAACCGAUCGUGCAAUCGGUGUCCUCGGUGGUGAGUAAGUUCCAGCAGAUCGAAAAAUCGCAUUCGCCCUCGCCGUCACCGGAACCCUCGUGUUAUAAGCUCAAGUUUUCGCCCGCGAACAGUCCCGAACCGCCGCAGAUGUGUAAGCCCAAGUCAGCCGCUCUCGAGAUCGUCGUCAAAUCACCGCCGGUCACGCCGGUACUUUCGCCGAGGAUCUCAUCGCCCAGAUUGCAGAGCCCGCCAUCGCCGAUCAAGGACGCCAGGCAAGGCUCGCAGAGUCCCUCCUCUCCCGUCAAGGACUCGAUCCGAGUUCAGAUCUCUAAUCCGUUCCACAAACCGCCACUGCCGAGUCCCGUCCGGGAAUCUUCAAAGACUUUGGAACCAGAAUCCUUCAAAGUUCUUCGUCCGCAAAUUGAGAAGGAGUCUUCGAGGACGAACAUUGAGAGUCAAGAAUCAACUGUCAAAAUUGAACAAAAAGAGGACGCGAAAUCGAAUCGCGUAACGUCCAACGAUGACGAAGGAGAGGAGGUCGUCGACGGGCCGAGAACCAUCUCCAAGAUCGCUCUGGACAACAUCGGCAGAGCCGGCAUAACGAUGCAGUUCAACUUCGGCGACAAGCCCAUGACCGAUAAGAGUUAUCUACCGGGUGCGAAGCAAAAUGGACAAAGAACAGCUGAUGAGCGAAUGCCGGAAGACGAUCGUUGCGCAAAAACGGAAUCCAGAAGCAAGACGAUCACUCCGUCCGAUGCACCUGCCGGUGUCGUGAUGACCUCGGAGACGACGUACAAAUUGCAGGAAAAACUCGGGUCCGAGAAGCUGGACGAUGACAAGGAGGAUGUCGAGGAGAAGCUGAUCGUGCCGGAAAGCAAACCCAUCGGCGCCAUCUGCAGUCUGGGCUUGAUCAAGACCAUGACCACGGCGCAUCCGCAGAGCAACAAUGAAGCGAAGACGAUAAGAUGCCAACAGAAGAGUGAAUUCUCGCCGCCCCAGAAGCAGAUCGGGAUCAUACGGCCGCUUGUCUCAACGCAGAAGACGCAAUAUCCGCAGAAUCUGAGCAAUCGCGAGCUUGAGAAGAAUCUGAUCAAUCGAGUCAAGAGUAUCGAGCAACCGACCAAGGUGGUAGUGAGCUUGAAGAGCAGCGCUGACGAGAUACAGCCGGCGAAGAAGACGAGCGCGGGAGGCGGCGGCGGUCUCUGGGAUACGAAGCCAUGGAACCAGCAAAACAAUACGAUGGUGUUCAACUUCAGCAACCGAAAGGACGUGCCGGAUUACAUCGAGAAUGACGGUCUCAUCAUCAGGAGAAAGCGUGAAAAGCCGAAGGUUGGCGACGCCGGCAUUAUAGUACUUGAUGCUACUGUGGAUGCCUCUACGACCGACGAUGCUGAGUGGGAGAUCUCCGGGGGUCCGCCAUCACCCUGCGAUGUAUCGUUUCUCAACGACAAUGUCCUCAUCAACGGACGCAGCAACCUCUCGAGGACGCCACGAAAUCAUAAGCAUCGAAUACAGUUUGACGAUACCGCGACUCGUACUUUCGAGUAUCCCAGCGAAGCAUCGGUUCUCGAAGGCGAGACCAGUAGUGUGGAUGGGGAAACUUCCGGUUCCAUCGAGCAACAGUCUACGCCGGGCAACAACAAAACCCCUUUGAUAACCACCUCGACGACGACAAGUGUGCCGUCUCUUCUCGGUGGUGGUGGAUUAGCCAGUUAUACGCCCAGCAAGGUGGAUCUGACGUCGGAAGGUUUUGAGCUGGGUAUCACUAGAGCUGUACCGAUGAUAGUUUCCGCGCCAACAGCAGCAACCGGGCAAACUGAAAAUGCGAGCGACGUGGAAUACUUGAGACCAGCUCAAGAUGCAGGCGCAUGGGGUUCGGAAACGACCGGGGAUCUUCUUUAUUGAUGAGACAAAAGGAAGAAAUACAAACUACACGCUUUAACAGCUACACCAUUAACAGCUCAACGUCCCUCCGCAGCAAUAGAAUGAAAGAAAUGAAAAUGAAACUUAUAAGACUUAAGAAGUAUUUUCUUUUUUUUCUAGCGUCGACGAAAAAGCGCGAAAAACCAUAAACGCAAACAUCAAUAUUAUAUUAAAGUUUAAUAAAAAGGUUUAUGACAAAUGCUCGCUCAACUAAAUAAAGUAAAUUUUUUGUAGAAAACGAGUUAGAUGUCGCGUUCGUGAUCGGAUGAACAUAUUGGACCACAAAUAAGUUAUCGUCAAAUAAUUAAGCUAGAUAAACUUUUUUUCAUUGAUUACGAAAAAAAUCAAAAAUGCAAUCUCCGUUCAUGAACGUUUCGAAAAGAUAAAUGAAAAAGUCGAGGUUAUUUAGAUUAAGUAAGAACUAACAGUAUCAUUCCAAGUAUAUGCAUUUACUUUGUAUCGUUACGCUAUAUCAAAUGAAUGGAUUUUUCCUAGACAAUGAAUCAUCGAAACUGCCAAGAAUCAUUAGGGCUAUCUCUUUUGUAAUAACACUUUAAAGAAAAUGCUCAGUGAUACUGAUACUUUGUUGGAUAAAGGAAAAAAAUAAGAAAGAAAGCAUAUUAUCUUUCUGGCUACUAUAUAUGAUAGAAGAGAAGUCAAUGAAAAAAUCGAGAGUUUUGUAACCUUUUUGAGAUUACUUUAAUUAAUGUUAAGCUGUGAAUGCUGCCAGUAAAAGGCCAGAGUUUUAUGCGAAAGUUUUUGUAGAAAAAGAGGUAAACGAUUGAAUAUAUCAGAGAUUCAAUGGGAGGGAAAAGAAGUUCGAGAGAAACAUUUCGAGUUUAGGUUUGUAACAUUUUUGCCAAAGUAGAACGUAAGUCUACUUAGUAUAUUUAAUAAUAUAUAUGUAUAAUAAGUGUUUCACAGAGUUCGGCAAAACUGUAAGAAUUGUAAAUUUUAGGAUAUCGUCAUUUGUACCGAAUAUAUCGCAAAUCAUACUAUAAGUAUGUCUUGCAAAUAAGAUAAGCCAUUACAGCAUAUGUGUUUUUCAUAUUUUGAGGUUGCAUUUAUUUUUCAAGUAUAUAUAAUACAUGAAACUAGUAACUUUCUUCAGCAUAGGAAGCAUAUAAGAGAAAAAACACGACAGUUUAAUAUUAAUUAUUAAUUUUAAGCGAUUGAAUUUUGUAUAUACUAAAUUGUUGUGCGGAUCUUAAAGAGCCAUCUGAGAUAAUUGAGUCACGAAAAAUUCGAGAUAAAAGAAAAAUUACAGUGCUUUAAGAUCAUCUUUCUUGUAUUAUCUUUGUUUUUGUAUUAAUUUCUUUCUAUUGUUUAUUGUAUCGUCUCAGAUGCGUUACCACAAAUAUUCGAAAAUUGUUUUGAAUUAUGUAGAUGUUAAAUUUUCGUGUAGUUAUUUAAUAAUGUAUGAUUGUAGCAAUAUAUGUAGUUAAUAUGAUUAUAAUUUUAUCAGUUGGACAGUGAACUAAUUCAAGCAAAAAAUUCCAUAAGAAAAUAAUUUAUUACGAAGAUGUAUUAAGUAUUAUGAAGUUGUAUGAAGUAAAACUGCUGCAGCAUUUUGUUAAAAUUCCAAUUAUAUUUACUCUUUAUUUAGAUGCUGUACCAAUUCAUCAAAUUCUUUACAAUGUAUUGCAUUGUUUAAAAGACCUAUUCUUGUGUCACAGCAUUGUUUCACAUUGUGAUAUUUUUGUUAAUUUUUCUUAGUAAAAUGAUUUCCAAUUUUUUGUCAAACAGCAGUAUGUAAAUCGUCAAUAUUUUUUGUAUAUCUCAUUGUUACAUGAAAAUAUUACAAGGAGAGAAUAAAAAGAUUACAUUUGCGCAACA